UCUAUUGAGGGCUUCCACCAUUUUAAUGUAGUAAACUGGUUGGGAUUUCCAAUUUAAUUGGCUGAUUCUCUCCAAACGGUAAAAAAAAAGGUUUUCGUGCGAAAGCGAGCGUUUGUUAUUAGAUAAAUCCGUGUAGUUCCUCCUCCAGGUUUGGUUCCUGAUGAAUUUACCCCAGCAGAGCAUCUGGGCGCUGUUGGACCAUGUGACUGGUUUUACCUAAUUCACAUCCAACCCCGAAUGGGAAAGACGACUGGAGAGGAUAAAACCAACAGCAAUGCUAUAGUUCACGAGUUUGGUUUCAAUCGCAAAACCUCGCGUUUCAAAUCCUCUGCAGGUGCUAUUGGUUGAACAAAAACAAAACACUAAGUUGCCAAGCAAAGGCGGGAUUGAACCAGCAGCUGGAACCGGCAACCAAUCCAGCCUCCUGAUUGGCUGUGGAGAGGAGGGGGAAACUAACAAUCAACUGAUUUGAUUUGCUCCCCCAUUUUUAAUUUUUAAAUUUUUUGGGAGGGGGAGGAGCAGGAGGACUUGGGCUCACUUCCCAGAAGAGCAUGGGACAAAGCGUCCCUGGAGGCAUAAAGACUAUUGACAUGAGGGACCCGGCGUUCAGGCCUCUGAAGCUGGAGUUGGCAGCUCUGGACCACGCCAAGCCCUCCAGGCUGGAUCUGCUGCUGGACAUGCCCCCUGCUGGACAGGAGGUGCAGAUGCAGCACUCGUGGAACAACAACGACCGAUCGCUCAACAUCUUCGUCAAGGACGACAACAAACUGGUCUUCCAUCGGCACCCCGUGGCUCAGAGCACGGAUGCCAUCCGGGCCUGUAUCGGCUACACCCGGGGACUCCACGUCUGGGAGAUCAGCUGGGCCAUGAGACAGCGGGGCACGCACGCCGUUGUUGGCGUGGCGACAGGAGACGCGCCGUUACAUUCUGUAGGCUACACGACCCUGGUGGGUAAUAACCACGAGUCCUGGGGCUGGGACCUGGGACGGAAUAAACUGCACCACGAUGGGAAGAACCAGCCCAGUAAGGCAUACCCUUCGUUCCUGGAGCCGGAUGAGACGUUUCUAGUCCCCGACUCAUUCCUGGUAGUGUUGGACAUGGACGAGGGGACUCUGAGCUAUAUAGUGGACGGACAGUACCUUGGGGUGGCUUUCAGAGGACUCAAAGGGAGGAAGCUGUACCCUGUCGUCAGUGCUGUGUGGGGGCACUGUGAAAUACGAAUCCGGUACAUCAAUGGACUCGAUCCUGAGCCUCUCCCUCUGCUGGACCUGUGUCGGCGCUCUGUGAGGGUAGCGUUAGGCAGAGAACGACUGAGUGAGAUCCAUGGUCUGCCUCUACCAGCCUCUCUCAAGAAUUACCUUCUCUACCAAUGAGCCCGGGACCCUCAGCACAACAUAGAACAUGCCUCCGAUCCGUCGGCUGCCCCUGCCGGCCUCAACCAGGAACUACCAAGGGGCUGCCCUGUGCCCUCUCACAAUAUACACCGAGUGUAACUGUCAGCCUCUGUUCAUAGCACUGUCCCUAAUCACCUACUACCAAUUACAACUCGAGGGACUGUCCUGUCCCCUCACUAGGGACUGCCUUGUCCGUUCACAACCCUCAUCUUGUACGCUGAGCACAGGCUCAGAACCACAGCCCACUCUUACCGGCCUCGAUCAAGAACUACCAAGGGAGGGUCUGGGACUCACUUACAGCAUGUCUCUCCCCUGACUGUCCCCUCUGUGCCCUCCAAUACAUACACAGAGCACACAGAGCACACCUCACCCUCGCUCACUGUCUUUGUGACUGUUCCCACUGAGGGUAAACUAACCAGCUCAACAACCCAACAUCACUCCAGCUUCUGUGCUUCAUCUCAUCACUAAUCCUCCCAACCCAGCCCUCAGGGCUCAUUAGUACUAAUCAUUAGUACUAAUCACAUUACACCACAGAGGUGAGGAGAACGCCGUUGUGUGACGCUUGGCGUGUUCAGGAAGCUAUAGGAACGGUGGUUGGUGUUCGGUCAGGUCUUUAGGUUUUUAAUAAUCGGCGCAUACAAUGAACACCCGCCAAAUGCGGCAAGAUUUAGGUACUGGCGGGUGGUCAAUUUGCAGGCCUCUACAGUGCCAGUGUUUUAAAUUCACCAAUAACAAAAAUAGUCAAGUAUGCACAUGUUAGAAGAAUACUGCAAUAGCGGUUUUCAAAGUAUUUCUGUUUUGUUUCGUAGCUGCUAAUUGUACUAAUCCUAUAUCCCACCUGGAGCAGCAGCACUGCCUGGCAGGGGAGCUGGGCUCACGUUCUAUAUCCCACCUGGAGCAGCAGCACUGCCUGGCAGGGGAGCUGAGCUCACGUUCUAUAUCCCACCUGGAGCAGCAGCACUGCCUGGCAGGGGAGCUGGGCUCACGUUCUAUAUCCCACCUGGAGCAGCAGCACUGCCUGGCAGGGGAGCUGAGCUCACGUUCUAUAUCCCACCUGGAGCAGCAACACUGCCUGGCAGGGGAGCUGAGCUCACGUUCUAUAUCCCACCUGGAGCAGCAGCACUGCCUGGCAGGGGAGCUGAGCUCACGUUCUAUAUCCCACCUGGAGCAGCAGCACUGCCUGGCAGGGGAGCUGAGCUCACGUUCUAUAUCCCACCUGGAGCAGCAGCACUGCCUGGCAGGGGAGCUGGGCUCACGUUCUAUAUCCCACCUGGAGCAGCAGCACUGCCUGGCAGGGGAGCUGGGCUCACGUUCUAUAUCCCACCUGGAGCAGCAGCACUGCCUGGCAGGGGAGCUGGGCUCACUGAGUGAAGUGCUGGUAGAUUCAUGCUCACAGGCAUGAACGUUGGUCUAAUUUACUCAAGUCUACAAAGUGGGACUUUGUCCCCGUGUUUCUUGGCUAUUUAAAUUAUUUUGUUCACAAGCUCGGUUGUUUUUCAACGUUCGUUUUGAGUCUGCUGCUUCAAUGGAUGGCAAAGAAACUCCCUAGUCAGAGCCCAAAUCUCUCUCUCUCUCUCUCACACGACAGAAUGCGAGUGGCCCCGUUACCACGGUAACUUCCCGCCCUUAAAGGGGGCAACUGAACAUUUUGUCUCAGAUAUUUUGAUUUAAGACUGAGGUCACAGUUUUUUUAUUUAUUAAAUUGUACUUCUUACUAACACAUUUCUUGUUUUAGAAACAUUACAAAGCAUGAGCAUCAGUUUUUUUCAGCUGGUUAAAGAAUUUGAGUGGCUGGGUGAUUUUUGUUUCUACCUACAACAAUGACUGCUGGACCAAAAAAAAACAUUUUAGGCCCCGUUUUAUAACCCAGUUUUUAUGGCUUACUUGAAUCAUAUACUGGGACAUCCACGGCCGUGACGGACUUGACAUGCAGACAGGACUUUAUACAGAUCUCUGCUGUUCCUGACAACCACCAUAUAAAAACGUAAGUUGGUGUCCUAUCUGUGUUGAAGUGCAAUGAGUUUGACGCUAUGUCAGUCUGUUAUGACUGCAACACCUUGUGAUUUACUUUUCUCUCCUUUUUGUUUUCAGUUUGGCUUUGAUUUUUAAAUUUCAAUCACGUGAUGUCUGUAUGACAUGUCCUGUUGGAAUCAAACCUGUCACUUCCUAAGUUCAUUGGCGGGGCGGUUGUGUGGUAGAAUAGAUUCGUUUAAAAAAAAAAUGUUUAUGAUCCCCAUUGAAGUGCUGAGUUUCUUAAAUAAUUAUUUUCCAAACACUAACACUUUCUGACCACAAGGUGUCGCCAUUUCUCAUGUCUUUACAAUUCCCUUUGUCGUUGGUACAUAAUAAUAAUAAUAAUAAUAAUAAUAAUAAUAUGCUGUUUAGCACUCCUUUUAUCCAAAGCGACUUAGUCAUGCGUGAAUACAUUUUACGUUUGGGUGUACCCGGGAAUUGAACCCAUUACCCUGUCGUUACAAGCACCAUGCUAUACCAACGGAGCUACAGAGGACCACCAUGAAAUGGUGCUCCUUGAUUUCCUUAAUGGUUUUAUGAAGUUAGUUACUGUUCACCAUCCUCACUCUCAUCCGUUGAAGGUGGUUGACCUCUCCGGGGUGGGUGGGGGUGAAUUUGGCCCUGUGUGUGACCUCUACAGUGGGGGUGGUUAGCCGUGUGUGUGUGUGACCUCUACAGAGGGGGGGUUUUUAGCCCAGUGUGUUAAACAGCAGUGCUAUCUGCUAGGCCCGGUAGGCUGGACAGACCAGAACUGUCCUCUAAUAUUGAUGAGGUGAUGAAGCGCCACUAUUACUACCACCGUUUAGAUCUCAAGGUGACCCUAACCCCACCCUACUCCCACCCCUUUAAAAGGGAUAGUUCAACCAAAUUACAUAUUUAGUUCCCAAUCAUUCUAGUGCAAUACACGCUUCGGGUUAGUUUACAUAGCCUCCCCAUUGUCCCUAGAAUGCGUAUAGCGUAAGGAAAAGAGAUGUUUUAGUAUUUUCAAUGAACAAUCCCUUUAACACUACUCUGCUGCACUCAGGGUUUCUUUCUGCCUAGCUGUUUUAUGGACUGUUUGGGGACGACAGAUUUAAGACUUUAUUUUAUUGGAGAGCAUUUUAUAUAAACUGAAGGAUGACAUCGCUGUGAUCAUUUUGUAGCAUGCACCAGUAGCUGAUGUUUUCUCAUUGCCCAUCAAGCCAAUCACUGUCCAUGUUCAUGAUUUCUCUUCCUGCUUUGGGAUCCAUACAUGGUGUUUAAUGUAUUUAGAGGACUUGUUUGGGUAGAGGGAUCGGGGAUGCUGAAAUGUGACUGUGUGUGUGGGGGGGGGGCUUUCAUUGGAUGGUAUGGGGUCUUUUAAUUAGUUAGCUAUAGUAUGUUUUAGUUGGAAAGCAUAGGUUCAAAUGGCACCCUAUUCCCAACAUGGUGCCCUACUUUUGACAAGGGUCCAUAGGGCUCUGGUCAAUAGUGCACUGAAUAGGGUGCCAUUUGGGAUGUACAAUGGUGAAGUAAUAAUGGAGACAAGCCAAUCCACACGUGCUGCUGCAACGUGAUGCCAAGAGGGUACAAAUUGACAGCAUAUUGUCAAAUUAUGAGAUUAUUUUUUUUUCCAUUUGAGUAAUUUUUUAAAUGUCCAGAUAUGGUCCAAGUUUGGCAUUGUGUCGAGUCUUGACUAUGCUGCGCUGAUUUUGUUUUUAUUUCCAUCUCACUUGCAACCGCUUGUUCUGUUUGUGUUCCUUGAUGAAAUGGUUUGUUACUAUAUAUAAUAAAAGUUUAUUUCAAAUGUA